AUGGCCGAGCCGUCUGCCGGCUGGUGGAAGCUGACUUUCCUGCGGAGGAAAAAAGCCCAGCCCAAGGUUCUCUAUGAAAUCCCAGCGGAGUUUGUUUCCAACGCCGCCGCCGCUGCUGUGCCCGUCCCGCCGGAGGACCCCGCCCACGACCCGCAGCUGGACGCCCGGCUGGAGCGGAUCGUGGAUAAGACGACGGCCAGCAGGGGGCGCCACGUCAAGGUGUCGCACUCCGGCCGCUUCAAAGAGAAGAAGAGAGUGCGAGCGACUCUGGCGGAAAACCCGGAGACGCUUCCGGCUGGCGACGCGACACGAGACCAGGGCCAGAGAGCGGGGAAAUGA